CUGUGUGUUUUUAAGUUCUUGGUGAAGUAGGUUGGCUUUGGAGUUUGCAGUUUGCUUUAUAUUGCAGAUACAAAUGUCAGACAGGCCUGAUAUUUAAAUAUAUUAAUUUUAAAUGAUGGCCUUAGUUUGUCUUACUCCUGGGCAGCUGUAUGUGAAAGUGAAACUAAACUGAGCCCGGAUUUGCAGGGGAAAACCAGCCACCUAAACCGUGUUUAGUCCGUGUGAGAACAGCAGAACAGAGCAGCUGGACGCCAAAGCAGAGAGGAACAGUCAUGACGAACUUCUCUACAAUUUACAAACUGUCCGUGGUGGCCCUCACCUGCUGCUUCCAAGUUCUGCUGGUUGGAGCUUCCAGCAGCAGCUGUCCAGUGCUGGAGUGCUGGUUUGUGCAGGAGAAGGUGGGUCGAGGAGGAGGUUUAACUGGAGCUACGAGCCAGGAAAAAUCCCUGCUUCACAUCCGAACAGACGCACACAGCCAGGAUGCAGCGUCCCAGAAGACUCCAACUGACAUCAACCCCGACAGAGUUUACUACGUUACUGACCCGGCCGCCAGUCUGUGCCACCACUCUCUCAACCCUCCCAGAGGCUCCAUCAAGAAGCCCCAGUGUGAGAUCAACCCCUUCCUGCCGCAGCCCUCCACACUCACAUGGGUAGCGUCGCUCACAGACUCUGCGCUCAGCCCCAUAUACCUGCAAGCCGACUGGUUUUCAGCCGCCUUUCAGGGUCUCAAUGAACAGCUGGGCGUUUCCACUAUUAUGCGUGCUCCCACAGGCAGCAAAGAACACAGUGUGAUCCUGAGUGUUACCAGUAAAACAGUGUCGGUUAAGUCCAGACUCGGGGAACCGGUGCUGCUGGACUGUGGUUUCUGGGCCGAUCCUGCCUCGCCUCUGUCCGGGUCAGGUUUUGCCGUCGAGUGGCGCUACCAGUUCAGAGGCAACGGGCGACUUGUUGUGGCUUAUGAUGGCAAGACAGACCGUGUGGCCGAUACACAGGAGGAAGGGGCCACGUUGGACUUCGAGGGUUUGCACGAGAAAGGAAAUGCAUCCCUGAUCCUGCAGAAGGCUAAAGUGCAUCACACCGGGACGUAUAUCUGCUCGGUGUAUCUGCCGUACCUGUUGGCUCAGGUGGCGGUGGACCUUGAGAUUGUAGAACCUCCAUCUCUGGCCAUCCACCCCUCCCCUCUGCCUCUCGCUGUCGCAGGUCAGACCUUGGACGUCCAGUGUGAAGCGUCCGGCUUUGCCCCGCUCACCCUGGAGCUGAGCUGGGAGUUUAAAGGUGCUGAUGGGAAGUCCAGACCGUUGGGAUCAGGCAGGGUAACGGGCCACAGGCAGGCCUGGGACGGCACCUACAGCCAGAGCACCCGACUGGAGCUCGACACAUCCAAGCUGGACCUGGGCAGUGGAGGGGAGGUCACCUGUGUGGCUGUCCAUCCAGGAGGCACCCGACGGGCCAGUGCGACCCUCAGUGUCAUCGGAUUCAGUACUCCCUCCAUUGAGGACUCAAUGGCAAUGGUUGGUGUGGCACUAGUACUCUACGGGCUUAUCAAGUUUGUCUCAUGGACCUUCAGCAGCUCAGGCUCAGAUGGGGCCGAUAAACAAGACAAGAAAGAGAAGUAAAGAUGCGAGAAGACAAUCGACUGGACGACUGAUGCUGACUCACUAAACCUGUCAGUUUUCAUAUCUUGAAAGGGAAUUCAGGAUUGGCUGACCAGAUGUUUAUGCAUACAAUUAUAUCUUUUUUUUAGCAGUUAUAAUGGUGGUAAAUCUGAAUAAAAUUUACAUUUUUUUCACAGAAGCUACUAUUCUGAGUCAGCUCAAAGUCCGCUAAAUUCUGAAUCAGCUUUUUUCAGUCUUUUUUUUUAUUAUUGUAGAAUAGACGUAUACUUGUGUCAGGAGUUCAUUUUUGUCUAUAAAGGUUUUCUGCUUUGUGUAAAUAUAUGUGUUGUAAUAAUUCUUUAUUUUUUCUCUUUAAAGUAAUCUAGCUGUUUAUCAUAUUGACCUCCCUCUGUUUACAUGCUGUAUGUUGUCAUAAACACUGGAAUAGUGACAGAAACUUAGAAGAAAAUAUAAUGUGCUAAAAUAUCCGCUACAGUUUGGAGAUAAAAUGCUCAGCUCUGUUUAUAUUCCAGUAACUUUCUAAGGGACCAGAGGUGAGUCCUGAUGUGUUAUUUUAAGAAGGACAGUAACAUUUUGAUUUGUCUAAAAUGUCCAAACCCACACACUCAGUCAUAUUGUUGUAAAUACAGAGAAUCUAAUGUAUGUACAACACAUAUAUUCUCACGUUGUUGCUACAUGUGUGUUUGCUUUUAUCGCGUCAUGAUCUGAAUAAUGCGCAGUGUGAAAUUUAACAUGUGAAGGAAAUGGUACAGAAUUAACUGAAUUCUGCAUUUGAAUUGGAAUAAAAACUUUCUUUGAAACGUGCU